AUGAAGUAUGUACAAUCAAUGGACCAUAUGUUGGUCAGUCAACUCCAAUCAUACGGGCCGUAUUCAGGACGCAAAUGCAAGCUAGUGGCAAGAAUCAGGAACUGUUUUCUCAAUGCAAAGCGGUCUGCCACUACACUGAUCAAGAAAGAAUAUUUAAGGUGUAGAAUAAUCCGUGGCCACAAGCGAGCCUUACGACAAAUAAAAAGCCAAAAAAUCCCAACAAGAACAAUCAACUCUUUUGACCCGAAAAACCCAUCUGCUGUCAAGAUUUGGAUGAAGCUAUCAGAGGUUUUCCAAAGGAACGAAGACGUCCUUUGCCCUAUCAGCCAAACAGAAAAUGGGCCAAAAACAGAUGGGAAGUCCAAGAGGAAAGAAAAGGUAGACUCCAUUGCGAAGAGCUUUAAUGAAAAAUUCUGUAAGGAAUAUUUCACCCCUUAUGGAGUGAGAGAAUCAUAUUAUUUCCAUUUAAAGCAAUUAGGAGCAUAAUAUUAUUAUAUUUUCUUGUAUAAAUAAUUGGUAUUAUUUUAUUUUUAUUAAUAAUUUUUACUAAAUUUUUUGAUGUUUUGCAAUUUUUUUAAACUUUUAUGAUGUAAAAACAUUUAAAUCAUUAUAAAUAGGUAUAUUACUACAUUGAGCUUUUAUUUGUUGACUUAAAUCCUAGAAUCCUCUGCGAGAAAUUUGAAUUUAAUUGCUGUAGAGGAGCACACAAUUUGCAGUGUCUUGAGAAAUGGUUACUGAUGAAAAAAUACAUCAGUCAGUACAUGAUUGAAGAUCUUGGAUUGGAGCCAUUUUGUCCCAAGUCGCUUCAGCAUUACUCAUUGCCAAAUCUAUUUUCAGAUGAAAAUUUUCAAUUGCAAGCAAUUAGGUCAAGCCAGAAAAAUUUUGAAUUUGAUAGGGGAGAGUAUGAAACACAGUCUUUCGAUGAAAUUCGUAACUUCAUUUGUAAGCAAAACAUAGAAGCUAAGUAA